AUGAUAACUGUCGCAUGUGAUGAUGGAUAUCCCAUCCACUUGGCAUGUCAUUACUCCAGUCUCGACGUCAUCAGACUGCUCAUCUCUCACUAUUCAUCACUCAACAAAUUUAACAGUUUUGGUUGCACACCUCUAAUGGUCUGCUGUCAGUCAGGUCAAUACGAGGCUGUACAGUUAUUGUUAGAUGCCCGUGCCGGUCCUAACCUAGUGAGCCCUAUUAGUAAGGAAACUGCAAUGCAUUGGGCUGUUAAUCGUCGGGAUCUACAAAGGGUGUGGCUGCUGCUUCAAUUUGGUGGUGGUCAAAGAACACGAAAGGACGGUCUGAGUGUGCAUGACACCGCGACAGAUGGCUGA